AUGAGUUCUAAAACACUAUUCGUCUUGUGUUCACUUGUUGGAAAAGAUCCUUUAAUGUUCUUUCCUAAUGCACAUCCCUUACAAAUGCUCAAGUGUUCAGAUUUUAGAGAGGGUACCCCAGAGGCUAUGUUAAAUGCAGGAACUGGUACGUCUUCAGUUACACUGGAGUGGACACUAUUGGUGGAGGAAACAGAUAUACACCAGUUAAAAUACUUGCAAGCAAUAGUUAAAGAGACAUUGCGUCUUCAUCCACCGGCACCUUUGCUUGUGCCACACAAAUCUAUUGAAGAUUGCAUGCUGGGAGGUUAUCAUAUUCCUAUAGGAACAUUGCUAAUGGUAAAUGCAUGGGCAAUUCACAAGGACCCAAAAGUUUGGAAUAAACCAUUAGAGUUUAUACCAGAGCCUUUUAUGGAGAAAGAAGUAGUGAUAGAAAACAUAAUGAGAGGGAAUGAUUACUUUUGGGGCAAGGAGAAGAGGAUGUUCAGGGGCUUCUUUGGCAAUAUGUAUGGUACAAACAACUUUGGCAAGGUUGUUACAGAGCUUUGCUUAAUGCCAAGGAUAAAUGAGAGCCUUCCAUGUUUUAGAUCAGAAACAUUUUCAAAGGGUGAGAUUGCAAGGGCCAGCCGUGAAAAGACUUUAUCUGAAUCUGGCCAACCCGAACCAGAAGUAGUACCAGGAGCAGGAGCAUCAUCAAAGGGCCAGCCAUCCCCACUCCUCGACGGCCCACCAGAAAACCACCCCUGGCUAGCCCGCGGUGGAGGAGAGCGAGUGCACCGAGGGGGGCGGGAGUCGCACUGA